AUGAAGGUGUCAGUGGGAAUGCUCUGGUUGCUGGCCCUCGGAGGACUCCCUCAGGCUCGGUGCUCCUGCCCCUCACAGUGCAGCUGCAGCUUCCAUAUGCUGAGUGAUGGCAGCAGGGCCAGGACGGUGGUGUGCGAUGACCCUGACAUCACACUUCUCCCAGCCUCCAUCCCUCCAGACACCUGCCGACUGCGCCUGGAGCGGACGGCCAUACGCAGGGUGCCUGCAGAGGCCUUCAGUCUGCUGGGCCACCUGGAACAGUUGUGGCUGCCCUACAAUGCCCUCAAUAACCUCAGCACCCUCAUGCUGCGAGGCCUGCAGCGUCUGCAUGAGCUGCGGCUGCCUGGGAACCGCCUGGCUGCUUUUCCCUGGGUGGCCCUCAGGGACACCCCUCAGCUGCGGCUUCUGGAUCUGCAGGCUAAUCGCCUCUCUGCUGUGCCGAUGGAGGCUGCACGCUUCCUGGGGAACCUUACCUUCCUGGACCUCUCCAGCAACCAACUGAUGAGGCUUCCACAGGAGCUACUGGCCACAUGGGCCCACCUGCAUACAGGGCCCUUCCUGCAUGGCCAACGGGCCAGGCUGGUCCUAGGACUUCAGGACAACCCCUGGAUGUGUGACUGCCGACUCUAUGACCUGGCCCGUUUCCUAGAUGGCUGGGUCCCGCACCUGGCUUUCAUAGAGGCUAGGCUGUGGUGUGCCAGUCCACACAGUUUGGCUGGGGUGGCCUUCAGCCAGCUGGAACUGAGGAGGUGUCAAGGCCCGGAGUUCCACCCAGGUGUGGCCAGCCUCAGGUCCCUUGUGGGCAGUACAGUAGUGCUACGUUGUGGAGCCACUGGGGUCCCUGGGCCUGAGAUGAGUUGGAGGAGGGCUAACAGGCACCCUCUCAAUGGCACAGUGCACCAGGAGAUCUCCCGAGAUGGCACAAGGUGGGCUCUGUUAGCCUUGCCAGCAGUGUCCCAUCAAGAUUCUGGAGAAUAUGUCUGCCAGGCCAAGAACUUCCUGGGCACCUCUGAGAUGUUCAUGUCCCUGACUGUCACUGAGGCCCAGGCUUCCACACAGCAGAGUAGGCGUCCUGGUGUGCUUCAGGAAAGGACAAGUGACCGGGCAGAAGCUGCUGCUUACAAUGACAAGUUGGUAGCCAGGCAUAUCGCCCAUGCCCACAACCCUGCUGCCCUGCCCUCCUGGACCUUUGGGCCCAGCAAGAAGGAGGAGCGAACCCCCCAGCAUUUUCCAAUGGGGGCCCCUGGAGAGCUCACCCAAGGGCCAGCUGAGCCCCAGCAGGCGGUGAUGGUGCAGUCCCUCAGGGUGGUGGGGGACACGUACCACAGCGUGUCCUUGACGUGGAAGGCCCCCCAGGCCAGGAAUACCACUGCCUUCAGCGUCCUCUACGCGGUCUUUGGGCAACAUGACAUGUUGCGGGUGGCCGUGCAGCCCGGCGAGACCAGGGUCACUAUUGACGGGCUGGCGCCCCAGACCAAGUAUGUGGCUUGCGUAUGUGCUCAGGGCCUAGCGCCCCGCAAGGAGCAGUGCAUCAUCUUCUCCACCGACGAGGUGGUGGACGCCGAAGGCACGCAGCGGCUCAUCAACGCUGUAGUUGGCAGCGUGGCUGCUGUCGUAGCGCUGCCCCUUACACUGCUAGUCUGCUGUGGAGCCCUAAGCAGGCGCUGUCGCAAGUGUCGCUCCCGAGGUUCCGCUCAGGCUUCGGGCGCCUAUAUCAGCCUGGAGAGGCUGCGCCACAGCGAGGACAGCUCUGAGGGGCUGUCCCGACACAGCCUGGGGGAGGCCGACAGGCUCCUAUCGACCAGGUCCAGUCUGGACUCUCAAGCCUCAGGGGCCAGGCGCAUCCAUGAGUACUACUGCUGA